UAUUGGCUGCUUUAUUUAGGGGAAAGGUCGCGGUUAUCCAGGGCUUUAUAUAUUCACCGCGGGCUGACUCAGUGCCAUAAGAAGAAGAUAUCGCUCCAAAAUCUUGAUCUUCACGUUAGUGUCUUGUUGAAUCGGCGUCAUGGCACUUCUCAGAGGUGUAUUUGUUGUAGGUGCCAAGCGCACUCCGUUCGGUACCUAUGGUGGCGUGCUGAAGGAUCAUAGUGCAACAGACUUGGCUGAGCAUGCAGCCAGAGCUGCCCUCGCUGCAGGGGCCGUGGCACCAGAACUUGUAAAUAGUGUCAUCAUGGGAAAUGUCAUGCAGAGCUCAGCUGAUGCACCCUACAUCGCUCGUCAUGUGGGUCUGAGGUGCGGGGUUCCCAUCCCAGUGCCUGCUCUCACUGUGAACAGACUAUGUGGAUCUGGCUUCCAGUCAAUCAUCAAUGGUGCUCAAGAGAUUUGCCUCAGAGAUUCAGAGGUGGUCCUGUGCGGAGGUUCAGAGAGCAUGAGCCAGGCCCCAUAUGCUGUUCGCAACAUAAGAUUUGGUACAAAGUUUGGAGUGGAUCUCAAGCUAGAGGACACCUUGUGGGCAGGUCUGACUGAUCUGCAUGUCAAAAUCCCAAUGGGCAUCACAGCAGAAAACCUGGCAGAGAAAUACCACAUCACACGAGAAGACUGUGACAGCUAUGCACACCAGACGCAACAAAGGUGGAAGGCAGCUCAUGAGGCUGGUCGCUACACAGCAGAAAUUGCUCCCAUUGACGUGAAAACGAAGAAAGGCAAGGUGUCCAUGGCUCAGGAUGAACACCCUCGUCCACAGACCACCCUGGAACAGAUGGCCAAACUGGCUCCAGUCUUCAAGAAGGGAGGGACUGUUACUGCUGCCAAUGCUUCAGGUGUAUCUGAUGGUGCUGCUGCUGUGGUGAUUGCAAGUGAAGAUGCACUGAAUGAACACAAGCUCACUCCACUGGCCAGAAUCGUGGCCUACCACGUGUCAGGCUGUGACCCGAGCAUUAUGGGAAUUGGUCCGGUUCCAGCGAUCACAGAAGCUCUCAAAAAAGCGGGUCUGACUAUAAACGACAUGGAUCUUGUGGAGGUGAAUGAGGCCUUUGCCCCUCAGUACCUGUCUGUUGCCAAGGCUCUAGGUCUGGAUCCAGAGAAAAGCAACGUUAAUGGUGGAGCUAUUGCCAUCGGACAUCCUCUCGGUGCUUCUGGAGCACGUAUCACUGCCCACCUGGUUCAUGAGCUCAGGCGACGAGGAGGCAAGUACGCUGUCGGCUCUGCCUGCAUCGGUGGUGGUCAGGGCAUCGCCAUAAUCCUCGAAAAUGUCUGACUGAAGAAGCUGACAAUAGAAGAAGAAUUGCUGUAGAAGAAUGCCUUACACCACCGUCCACUCGCAUUAAUUAAAAUACAGUUAACAUAUGCUAAAAAGAGAUUUUUAAAAAACCUUUCUCAUACUGUACAUACAAAGCGGCAAAUGUUCUCAACAUGAGGCACUGUUACACAGUAACUGGCACACAAACAAAACUAUCACUCAGCAUAAUUGUUCUGUUUACUUUUGUUGCUUAUUACAGUCUAGUUAUUCAAAAAUGUACAAUAAAUGUCCAGUGUUGCCUUGGAAGCCCUGUGAAGAUAAAGAGCUAACUCAUGUUUCUGUGCUCGUUGAACUAGGGUGCAAGAGACUGUUUAUGUAUGUGCCUGUAAUACAGGGCUAGGUACUUGGUCACACAUGUUACACAUGUAGCAGAUUAUUAACUCAUAAAGUACAGUUUGUAAGGUUUCAAGGAACCCUGAUGUUUGCCUUUUCUGUUCUCUAUCACUCCAUUAUCAGGAAUCAGUAUUGCCAGUCUGACCUGUGAUGGCUCCAUCCAAAAACUGAUUUUCUAUUUCUGUGUGUCAGUGAAUCUCAAUCUCAAUAAAUCCCAAUAAAAGAAAUCCCAUUUUCAAUAAAAGAAGUCAAGUUCUGUU